ACACUUCCUCAAGCAAGCUGGUGCCGAUAUCACGAUGACAAAAUUAGCCCUGGUAUUUGUUUUUUAUGGAGGAGUGAAUGUCAUAAGGAGUGCUUCAGCAGCACUGACAAGGAGUGCCAAACCACGCCACGUAGACAUUAGAAGCCAUAAUUGAUUUACAUUCCAGUUGCUACUUCACACCUGAUCAACAAUACAUUAAAUCUACUKGACCUGUAGAAGCAGAUGUUUGAAGAAUGAAUAUCGUCCCAGGUCAAAUCCAGUUACAAUUCCAAUUACCAACGGUGUCUGUGGUUCCAAGGAAAACGGAUCCAAUUAUAAAAUGCAUUAUUGACAGAAAGUUGGAGAAACUAAAGAAAUUGAUUAGAGGCGGCAAGGACUUGAAUAGACUGUACCCUUGUGCUGAGUGGAAUGAUGAUGUUACCCCUUUAAUUGCUGCUGUUGCAUUUACAAAUGACAAUAUUUGUACAUUUCUUCUGAAGGAAGGUGCUAACCCCAACAUCCAAUCAGCAAAUGGUUGGGUUCCUUUGCAUUAUGCCACACUGUCAAAAGCUCCUGUCAGUUUAGUGAGUAGAUUAAUCGCUGCAGAAGCAGAUCCAGAAGGGACACAAAUCCAGAUCUUUACUCCACUUCAAUUGGCGGCAAACAAUGACAGAGAAGACAUUGUGAAAGAGUUGAUGAUGUCUGGAGCAUGUGCUGAAAGAAAUCUCAAAGCAUAUCCCGCUACUGACCAAAAGAUAGCAAGCAUGAUUAAGAGAUUCUCUUCAGAGAGUGAGAAUUUUGUCAAAUUGAAGAUUUUUUAUGAUUUUUCUUGUGAAAUAGGACUCAAAUCAGUGGAGGAUGUUUUCAAUGAAUAUGGCAAACACAUGCUGGUGGUGAACCCUGUGAAUCAUCUUACGCUAUAUGACAUGUCCUUUAACGCCAUUGGACCAAAUGCAGAUCAGUAUCGUCAAGCAUCCAUAAAGUGGCUGAGAGAAUCUCAGAAAAUGGAUCUCUACAUUGAAGAGGCAACCAAUCGUUUGCCUAAAAUUCCCAAACAUUUACAAGAUAUGGUAGUGAAUUGCUUGACAGCUGUUUUUAACAUUAUGAAAGAAAUAUCUCUUGAACUAUCACUGGUAGUAAUACCCACUCUUCUGAAAUACCUCAUAGUUGAAUCCAAAAUUACCCCUCAAGGACUAAAUCGCAACAUUUCAGUUGUCAGUAUACUGUAUGUGAUUACUCAGAAAACUCCAAAUCACAAACAUGGCUGGACCCUCCCUUUUGUUGAGGAGUUAUGCAAGAGGAUCAUCUCAUUCACUGAUCAAGCAUAUCUCUCCAAUCCUCAGACCUCCAGCCUAGGUGUCUUUACAUUUGGUUUGCUUGCAGAUCUGUACACCUUUGAUUGUGUACCUGCGAUUAUCACAUCACGAGGGAUAACCUCAGUCCCUGAGAAAAUACUUGUUACUGCUGAAAUGGAGAUGGAUGAAGACCUGAAAGGAAAACUGAGGACCUCCAGCCUAGGUGUCUUUACAUUUGGUUUGCUUGCAGAUCUGUACACCUUUGAUUGUGUACCUGCGAUUAUCACAUCACGAGGGAUAACCUCAGUCCCUGAGAAAAUACUUGUUACUGCUGAAAUGGAGAUGGAUGAAGACCUGAAAGGAAAACUGAGGAAAUUAGAUAUGUCCCUACAAAGUCCAGUCCCACCAACGGAUACAACUGAACAAUUGCAGGGAAUUAAUCUAUCAAAGAAGAAGAAGAAGAAGACAAUUCAGGAAGAGUUGUCGGUAGAGAAAAGUACACCUGACAUGACUGAGAAGCCAGAUCUUGAUGCUUCAUCAAUUCCAGUUGAAGAAUCUGGUGUACACGGUGAACAUUCCAGUGUUAAACCAUUUCCCUCCACCACCAAUGAAUUGAAAACCCGGAAAUGGCACAAAGUUAGUGAGCGGUGGAGGCCUCAGUUGGAGGAACUCAGCAACAUAGACCCAGACAAGGUUUACACAUUGGGGAAUCUGAAUCUUGUAGUCCAUCCGGAUUUCCAAAUAGCCAAAGGAAGUGAUGGAACCGAAGUCUUUCUGGGCUUGAAGGAUGAUGGUACUGAGGUAGCUGUGAAGAGAAUGCUCAAGUCAAACUACCAAGCUCUGAAGAGAGAAGAGGGGUUUUUACGACUACCUCAGCUGGAUAGUCCCUGCAUUGUGAGAUAUGUGGACUUUGCAGAGGACGAGCACUUUGGUUACCUUGUUCUUCAGCUCUGUUUGAAUACACCCUUGAUGAAUACUAUACAAGACCACUACCAUGAGGACAAAACCUCUGUCCUGAAGAAAAUAGUGCACGAGGUGCUCUGCAGUCUAAGCGUUCUGCAUAGUCUAAACACAAAAAUUCUGCACCGGAUAUCAAACCCCAGAAGUUUUAAUAGGUAA